AUGAGAGACAUUUCUUUAAAAACAGACAUCCUCAACUCUAUCGAAUAAAUCAAAGAUAAAGUUCAUGAAAAUCAAGUGAAGAAAACAAUUUUCAAUGUAACUAAAGCCAGACCCUCAUUAGCUGAUGGAUUAAAAAAUGAGUAGUCUAAUACUGAACUAAACAAUUUUCCAAAGCCUAUUUUAGAUGCUGGCAAAUAAAUAGAUAUCCAAACCUUGUUCUUCAACAUUCCGAAAUACUUAUCGUCCAAGCACAAAAAAUUGCUCAGAAAGAUGCUAUUGAAAUAUUGCUUAGAUGAAGAAAAUAGUCUACAGAAAUUUCUCUAAGAACUGAAGCUGAAUAUGUCUGAUCGCUAACUCUUAAUUAUUUUUAGAACUCUUGCUUAACUUAUAAAAUAAAUAACUAAGCAAAAGAUAAAUCUCAAAAAGAAAUUGAAAAGAUAGCAGGAGAUCUAAAGCGAAUCAAAUGAUAAUGAAAUGAGCGAUGAUUCAAGUGAGGAAAAUGAUCAUUCAGUUUAAAUAGAAACUUUUAAUAAUCACCACACCUUAGAUUUUUAAGGAGAGGGUCUUUUCAAAAAAUAUUAGAAUCAGUAAAGAGACCUAUCAGUAGCUUAGUUGCCAAAGCUUAAGGAAUUGAGAAAAAAAGUAGGGGAUUGUCCAAUAAUAGAAUAAAAUUCAAAUGGCUAACACAUUUUUUCUAGAAUAGAAAAGGAAAGUAAAUAAUUCUCAAAUUCACUUGAAGAAAAUUUGAUAUUUGAUUUCUCCAAUUAUAAGUAUUAAAUAUGGAGAUAGUAAAGAAGUUAAAUUCAGCUAUUGCCCGAUUACAACUAUUUUAAAGAUCUACAUGAUAAAAAUAUUAAUCAUAAUAACUCAGAGUAAAUCUAGUUAUGUUUAGAUCAUUGCUAAUUUGAAGUUAAUAAUACAUCUAUUCUAUUCGACAAGCGAAGAUGUGGAAUAAAAAGCAAACAAGAAGAUAGUAGAUAAUUGGACUAUAUUCCAUUUCCAUUUUCAGAGUAAGAUUAAGAGAAGUCUGAUAAUUUAGAAAAAUAUUAGCUGAUAGUGGAUAGAGUGUCAAGGAUCUGA